AUGUUUGUUUACAUUUGGCGGCAUGAAAAAAGAGCAGUUAGUCGUUUCGUUCCGCACAACUAUCUCGCCGGCCUGCGUAUCUCGCCGGCCUGCGGCCGGCGAGAUCCCUCGGGUCCCCAUCAUCCACCCUUUGUGACGUCCGGUCUGCCGCCCGUCGAAACCACCACCCUGGCACCUGUUCUCGCCCCUUCUGAGUCUGCGUCUACUACGGAGCCGCCCGUCAACAACGUCACCCUGCUACCAUUUAUCGUUCCUCCGGGGUGGACCACGAAUCCUCGAAGUCCCGGAUACAAAGCCGACUGGGCGGAUCGUAACUCUGAGGGCCAGGUUUUCGCUCCAUGCCAUGGCCUUACACUAGCGAGGCCGAUAAUGGAGCAUGUGGAUUCCCUAAUGGUGAUUUUCCAAUCGGGCGACAAAUUCUAUCUCUGGGAGCGCGUAUCCGAUGUCCUUGAGGAAAUCAUUUCUCGGGAUCUGUAUGACGUUACUACUGUUAUUGCUGAGCGAGGACUUCGAGAGCUGCGUAGGGAGGUUAUUCCUUGUCUUUUCGAUCCAACUGAGUUGGAUGACCAGUCUUGA